ACUCAUCAAAUCAAGUUGCAUUAAACUAAACUUUUCCAAAUGCUUAAGACAGAACCAUGUGCAACUCUGUUCUACUAUGUCCCACGUUUCAAAGACCACAAGUUUUAAAGAUUUUUCAAGAGAGGCUGCAACUCAUUCACUGAUAUAUAUACACAUUACCCAUUCUAUAAUUCAUCAACCAACAACAAGCAACACAAAAACUUGAAAUAUUUUCAUACAUCUCUUCAAAAGCUUUUAAAAAUAUUUCAGACAAAAAAACUAUAGAAAUGGCUUUGGUGAGAAGUCUCUUCAGUGCAAAAAAGAUUUUUAGCAGAGCAACCUCGGCAGCGCCAAAAGGGUUUCUUGCGGUGUACGUAGGAGAAAGCCAGAAGAAGAGAUAUGUGGUGCCAAUCUCAUACCUGAGCCAGCCUUCGUUUCAAGCCCUACUAAGUAAAUCUGAAGAAGAGUUUGGGUUCAAUCAUCCAAUGGGCGGUUUAACGAUACCUUGUCCUGAAGAUACUUUCAUCAAUGUGACUUCUCAGCUUCAAUGAUGAUUGUCUACCAUUUUUGUUCUUUGAAUUAGAAGUAGGCUUAUUCAUUGUAUAUAUAUGAAUCUUUUCCGAUAAUGUUGAGUUCCUUUGUCAUUUAAUCGAUACGAUCAUGGCAAUACAUGUUGUAUCAAUCUUUGAAAACGUAAUACCACAGCACUGAACCGUAACUAUA